CCCUACACAGUUCUUACACUUAUAAACGCAAGAAACACCGACAGAGCUUCUCGUGUCCGAGCGAUAGAGAGAGACACUCACGCAAAAGGUUCAGCUCCAUUUCGUCGGCGGCGCUGUAAGCCCUUGAAGCUUUAAAGGCUCCAAAGCAAAGUACGCAACAAAACCCAAGAAGCCGAAGCAAAAGCACUAGAUUCUUAUUCCUGUCUUCUCGCCGUCACAGCUUCUUCUCUGUUAACUGUCUCGCUGGAACGAUACAGAGAAAGAGAGAGAUGGGUGCGAUGGGAGAGAUAGAAAAGCCGCUAUUCAGAGACAUAAGGCGUUAUUUCUGUGAGUACUGUGGCAUUUGCAGGUCCAAGAAGUCCCUUAUCACCUCUCACAUCCUCACACAUCACAAGGAGGUGAUGGAGGAGAAGGGUGUUGAUGAAGAAGAGAAAAUAGAGGGGACAAAAUCCAAUACUUGCAUAGAAUGUGGUGCCACUUUCAAGAAACUGGCGUAUUUGAAGCAACAUAUGCAGAGUCAUUCCCUUGAGAGGCCGUAUACUUGUCCAGUUGAUGAUUGCCAUUCCAGCUACAGAAGAAAGGACCACUUGACUCGCCAUCUUCUUCUGCACCAAGGAAAACUCUUCAAUUGUCCAAUUGAGAACUGCAACCGUGAAUUUUCUUUUCAAGGCAACAUGAAAAGGCAUGUGAAAGAAUUCCAUGGCGAGGAUCAGCCUCUUACUGAUGCCAAAUGCCAGAAGCAGUAUGUCUGCCCUGAAAUUGGGUGUGGGAAGGCUUUCAGAUUUGCGUCGAAGUUGCGGAAGCAUGAGGACUCCCAUGUUAAACUAGACUCGGUGGAGGCCUUCUGUUGUGAACCUGGUUGUAUGAAAUAUUUUUCCAAUGAUCUAUGCCUUAAGGCCCACAUCAAGUCCUGCCACCAACAUAUUACUUGUGAGAUAUGCGGGACCAAGCAGGUGAAAAGGAACAUUAAGCGGCACCUCCAAAUGCAUGAAGCCGAAGUGUCAUUGGUGAGAAUCAAAUGCAAUCACAAGGGUUGUCUUCACACAUUUUCAAAUAAAUCAAAUCUCCGUCAGCAUGAGAAGGCUGUGCACCUUGAUCUUAAACCUUUUGCCUGUAGCUUUACUGGUUGUGGAAUGAGAUUCGCACACAAGCAUGUGAGAGACAAUCAUGAAAAAACAGGGAACCAUGUUUACACACCUGGGGACUUUGAAGAGUCAGAUGAGCAAUUUCAAUCGAGGCCCAGGGGUGGGCGGAAGAGAGAGUGCCCAACUGUAGAAAUGCUUAUCCGAAAGAGGGUUACUCCACCAUGUCAGCUGGAUGAGGGUUCUGACUAUUUUUCUUGGUUGCUUUCACAGAGCACUGAGGACGAGCAGUGAGUCAUGUCCUCUAGUUUUGUGCGAUGUGAAUAGAUUCUUCCAAUAGAAAUAUAUAGUUCAUUGUAGAUGAUAUGUAUAGCUUAUUAGCAUCCUUGUAGAAUCUGGUUAUUACAAGUCAUGAUACCCUUUUGGGGGUCAUUCAUCUGUUGUCUGUACUCACACUAGUACUAAUUAGUGAAAUACAAAAUGUAGCCUUAGUAGUUUCUUCAACAAA